GAAGUUACAAGUAGCUCUCUCCAUAUAAGCAAAUAUGCGUCAACAAUGAACUAACUUUCUCCAAGCGUAAGAACCUUGACCUCCUCAUUAUUCUCCGCCUUGAAGUUCAUUGAAAAGCGACAUUGUUUCUUUAAGAUUUCACUUGCAGUCAUCAGCGGCUCUGUCCAUUGUUGUGGGAACAGAAAGAGAGUUGAGAUUGAUAUACGGGGGCCGAGGACAAGUUGCGCAUAUCAUCAGCGGACCAGCUGCAGUGCAGUGCAGGCAGCAGUAGCCAACAAGUCCUGAACGCAUCCUUCCAGACAUGGGUUGCUAUGACUGCUGUAUGCGCUGUUUGGGUGGGGUACCAUACUGCUCCCUGGUUGCCACACUGCUAUGUUUCUCUGGCAUUGCCCUCUUCUGCGGUUGUGGGCACCAGGCACUAACAGAGACUGAGAGACUCAUCGAGACUUACUUUGCCCGUAACCUUCAGGACUACAUCACCCUCGCCUACAUUAUUCAAUAUUUCCAGUAUGUCAUCUACGGUUUGGCCUCCUUUUUCUUCCUCUACUGCAUCGUGUUGCUGGCUGAGGGCUUCUACACCACGAGCGCUGCCAGGCAAACCUUUGGAGAGUUCAGGAGCACCAUGUGUGGCCGCUGCCUCAGCUCCUCGUUUAUAGUGAUGACAUAUGUACUAGCUGUGCUGUGGCUGUUGGUGUUUGCCUUCUCGGCCUUGCCUGUCUACUUCUUCUACAACAUGGACGCAACCUGCCACACCAUUGAUGUGCUGACUGAGACUCCUGCGAGUAUCAACCAGCUCUGUGUCGAUGCAAGGCAAUAUGGGCUCCUGCCAUGGAACGCAGUUCCAGGAAAAGCUUGUGGUAUAACUCUGUCCACUAUUUGCAAGACCAGAGAGUACCGAAUGACCUAUGACCUCUACAUCGCCGCGUUCGCCGGUGCGGGCAUCACUCUCUUGGCUCUGGUGCACUGUUCCCUGCACUUGGCUGUGAACCAGAUGUAUCUGAGGAAGCUCAAGCGCAGGGUGAAAGAGGAGAAGGGAGACCAUGACCUGUUUGGGAGGCUGCAGAGAGACAAAGGAGGGACACUGUGCUCUCCGUAUCCUGCAAACGCAUCUGACAUCUCCUGACAGCACCUUCAACUUUUCAUGAUGCCCAUUACAAAUGAGCCAGUCAUCAAAUUUAUACUGUUCUGUAAAGCGUUGGCAGUAUUUGUUAAAUUGUUCCUCUUCAUUAUUUUGAUAUUUUUUUCAUUGAAAUAGAGGCUAUAGUGUGUUGCUAUGUGAAGUUGUAAAAUGGUAGAAAUGCAGUUGGGAACUGAGCCAUAACAAUUCAGAUUUAUGCUUAUGAUUUUCUGCAUUUGACCAGUGACUAUACAACCUGUACUUUCUGUACAUUUAAGAUUUAAAAAGAUGUAGUUUGAAUGCAGACUUGAUGAAAAAGGUUUUUUUCUUUUUAAUUUCUCGGUGUGUGGUGCAUGCUCGAUAUUCUUUUUAAUGAAGGAGGAAUAAACAGUGUUCACCGUCUCCUGGGUCCACAGACAUACUUGGUCAUUCAAGAACUUUCAAGGUCUUGCAUGAUGAAAUUCAAACGAGCUACAUUUGCGGGUAAAAAUUCAUGACCUAUGUUUUACUUGUGGUCUUGCUGACAAACAACAGUAAUGCUUCAUUUUCCCCCCUCCCGAUGCUGAAAAUGAUCCCACCAUACAGAACAGCAAAGCGGAGAGAGCCGAAGUAUACCGAUUAGUUUGAGUGACCCAUUUUAAAAAUAGUUUUUUGUUUUCAAGCUUGAAAGUCAUUUUUCAAGCCCCGAUACUUUCAUGAAUUUUCAAGGCAUAAGCACAAAAAGCACUGACAAGAUAGAAUCUCAUUUGGUAUGUUGCGUGUUUUAUUUGUAGCCAAGCACUGGAGAGUAUACACCACUUUGCCAGCAUGUUGGCACGCCGUCUCUAUCCUCUGUAGUGCAAAAAGAGGAAUAAGGGGAAGUUGUCCAUUAGAUCAACGCAUAAUCAAGAUGAACAGUCUGACUCUCACACAGCUUCAAUCACUCUCAUGAGUCGAGCACUGAGGGUGAAACAGACGUUCGGUGUCAUUUUGUACAUUAUUAUAAAAUGAAUGCCCUUUGCGAUUUACAUAAGCCAUUAAUAUGGACGGCCCAAAGAAAUUUUCUUUUACAUUCAUAAAUAUUACAGAAACAUGAAAAGAAAUACUGACAUUAGUCUGGGUUGCAGUGAAAAUAAGACAGCAUCAUGAGGGUAACAUACUGUAGGGUUAUGCUACCAUCUUAUACAGAUUCCAGGUAAACACUGUGGUAGGCUACAUCUGAACAGGAUAAAAACUGAAAUACAGUAAAGAGACAAAAUAUUCUGUUAAAUCCAGAAAAUAUUAACACUUACAAAUGAUAACAGCCCUCAUUUUUGCUUUGAAUUAAUGUACCAGCUUCAUUUUGUUAAAAUGCCCUACUCAGUUCACAGUUAAUAAAGUUUCUCUCCCUACGCUGUGAGUACCACUAGUCGCCACACCUUAUAAAAACGUUACCAGUAAUCACAUGAACAAGCUGUUUGUUUUAAGCCUGCAUUAAACCAAAAGUUCCAUGUAUUAAGUAAAUAUGACUGUACCUGGUUGGAUUCGGCUCACUUUCACAGUUAACCGUUAGUCUGCAUGCACACACUAAGACAUGAUGCAUGUUUUCAUUUGAAAGGCAGAUAACGUGAUCUCAGGCUGAGAGAAUACACAAGACCUUCAACAUACUGCAAGAGAAAAAAAAGUAUGAGAACAUGAACUAUAAUGGAGGCUAUCUGUGGUUGCAAGAAAACAGUUAUCUUAUUUAUGAAACGGGUAUGACUGGAUGAAAUAUAAAACAAUAUUCCAGCAGCAAUCAAAAUACUGAUGAGAAUGAAAUUAGACUAUGUUAGACUUGAAGCAUUGAAUGUCAGGCAUAUUAUUUACUCAAACUGUGCAGCCAAACAACAAAGCCCUCUGGCCUAUAGCAGCAAAACCAAAAGGGACAAACUCAAAUCUAAGUCAGUCUGUAUUAAAAACACUGAAAGUCAAAACUAAAGUACCACCCAGCUGAAAACAAGUAAACAUCAUUUAGUUGUCAGAAAACUCAGUUGUAUAUUUUCACCCAGUACUGUAUGAACUGGGUGAUGCACAAUGCACACGUUGCAGGUCUUAACGGCUGUGUCCUUCUGCUGAGGCUGUUUAAUAUUCAGCUGAGACCUAGAAUGAACAGACUUGACAGCACAAGGUGUAUGUAAUAUAAUGUAAAGCACAGGAGACCUUCAGAAAAGGAGAAAAAAGAAGAAAAAAACUACAGGACUGGAAUGUUAAGCCCUGCCAAUCAACAAGGCAGACACAUAAUAGUGAAAAUUAUUGUUAAUCCUAAUAAUUAUAACUUCACUUAUACAUCGGGAAAACAGACUUUAAUCAAGCCUUGAUCAAGCACUGAAGCCUAAUGAAAAUAUCACACAAUGCCUGUAAAAAAAAAAAA